UAUGUCAAAUAAUAGUGCUUUUACUCUGAAUUAAAGAAUCAACUAAAUGAAAAAUUUAAGGAAACUCACUUAUGAUGGAAUCAAACCUAUAAUGUCACAAUUUCAUGAUAAUUCAAGAGAGAUAUAUAAACCUCACCAAAAAAAACAUGAGUUCGAUUUUUUACAGAAAUAUGAAAAACCUAGUAUAGAUAUAGUUAUAUUAUUUUUUAGUAAAUUUUUAAUUUAGAUAAGAUAGAAGAAGUUCUAUUAGAACUUCUGUGCAUCAGACUAAUUUAAAUUUUAGACUUUAACCUCGAACAUGCAGUAUUAAAUUACCUAGUUUUCAUAAUAGAAAAAAUGUGAGUAAAUCCAUACAUGAGAUAUUUUCAACAAAUGAUCCUUCUAUGAAUUAAAGUGCAUUUAAGAUUCAUUGAUUAACUUCAAUCUAUGAAAUAUUAUGUUAUAAAAUAAUAAUCAAGCAAGAACAAUACUUAUUAAAAAGAAGACUAAUUAUUCAUAAUUUUCUAUGUCUUAAUAAAUAAAAAGUUUAUUUCAACAUUGAACACUCCAAUUCUUUGCGUGAGUUAGAUAAUUCUAAAUUUUAGAGCUUUUAGCUUUAAAAUACUCAAAUUGAUUAAAAGUAUGAUUUAUAUACCUAUAAUUUUACAAUCGAAUAUGCUAAGUUAAUUAGAAAGCCUUUGAUACCCCUUCCCUAAUAGUUUAUAUUAGACAUUGAUUCAGAAUAAGCCUCUUGCAUACAAAUAGUUAUAAAUAUAUUAUUAUUCUCAGACAACUAGAUUGAUCAAAUAGGUCAUAUGA